AUGCUUCCUAGCAGUGCCGUGCGCGAGCUUCUCAAGACUCGUCGGCUACAGCUGGCGGACGUAGCAGGGGGGCCCGCAUGUCUCCCCCCACUCCUCCGCGCGCAGCCCCACCUCGCCCCGCGCAUCAUCUCCGCCCUCCUCACUUUCUGCGCUCCCCCCCAGGAGGGGAGAUGGGGGGAAGGGCGGGAGGUCAGGCGGGAUCGGGGACGAGGCUCUUGGGGGGAGGGCGCGGGGGAAGGAGGAGCAGGAGGGGUAAACGAGGGUGGUGGCGACGCUGCUUUCUUAGACGAGGCAGUAGAAGCGGUUAUGACUUUAAGCGGUGGUCGCGUGGGCUUUAAUCUCGAUCUGGAUUCUCUAGCCAUGGUGAAAGAAGCCUAUUCUGGUGCUGUGGAUUGGAUUCUCUGGGCGGCAUGCGGAUCCGAUCCAGAAUCCACACUGGCGGCUCUCGGCCAAUCAGGAACGUCGGGGGGGCAUGACUAUGCAAUGAUCAAAACGGGCGGUGGAUGCUGCGACUGCGGCGAUCCAACGGCCUGGAAGCGUCAGGGGUUUUGCAAGAAGCAUCCUGGCCCUGGGCACGCCCCGCCCCUCCCGGAAAGUUUCGUUGCCCGGGCAGAACCCGUGCUGGCCGCGGUUGCUGCGGAAUGGCAGCAGAAAAUAGUUUUCGCUGCCCGGCUGGAGGAGGAACGGAGUGGAGGCGCAGCAGGGUGGGGGGGUUCUGGGUUUGGGUUUGGAAGCGGGAGAAGCGGGGGCGGAGGGGGAGGGGGAGGCGGAGGGGGAGGAGGGAGAGGCGGGACAGCGGGAAGCAGUAUGAGCUCGCUGCUAGGUUCCCUCACAGGGGGUGUGGGGGGGUCGGGAGGGUGGAUGAGUGGUAACGAUGGGUUCAGAGGAUCUUCCUCCUUCUCGUCCUCCCCCUCCUCUUCCUCCUCCGCAGCGUUAUCAGCAGCAGCGCGGUUGCGAGCAGCGAAGAACGAGGCAGCAGCAGCAACUGAGAGGUUCUCGGAGAUGUUUCUGAGACUGGCCAGCACCAGUGAAGGGCUGCUGCACCUUGUCUCGUCCGUGCUCACCAGGAAAAGCCCUAUCCCCGUUACUGCCCGCCCUGAUACAGUGCCAUCGGGGUUCCAUCCGACCAACAUUACCAUUACUCCUACUGCUUCUUCUGCCCUUACAGCCGCUGCCCCUACUGGUCCCGUCUCUGCUCCUGGAUCUUCCCAUGCACUCUCUUCUUCGGCUCCUGUGGGAUUAGGAUCACUGCUCAACCCAGCAGCAGGGUCGUCUCUCCCAGCAUUGUCACAUCCCGCAGCAUCACCUCCCUUAGUGUCACCUCCCCCAGCCUCACCUCCCUCUACCACCGCUGCUGCUGCAUCCGCCAGUCUGUUGGAAGCUCUGGUGGCAAACGAGGAGGGUAUUAAAGAGGACUCCAUGCUCGUAGCCCACCGCCUUCUCUACAAGCUCCUAGGCGACCCGGGCUUUAAGUACCAAUUCGCCCUUGCGUUCGUUGCUAACUACUCGGCCUUCGUGCUGGGGAGUGGGGGGAGAGGGGACGGGGAGGAGGGCGGGGGAAGGUGGGGGGGAGGGGGUGCGCGGGGGAGCGGAGGGCGGAGGGGAAGAGGAGCGGCGGGGAGUGGGAGUGCAGGGAAUAGGGUAUCGGUUCUGGAGAGCUUUUCGGUGCAGAUUCUUACGGUGCCGGUGCUGACGCCCAGGCUCGUGGUGGAGGCUCGGCUGCUGGAUAUCCUGCUGGGUACCCUGCAGAGCAUGCUGCAGGGGGCGCUGGGACGAGACGGGCGCAUCAAUUUAUCCCGAGAGGAGGUGCACAACGGGCGAGUGACCGACGAUAUUCGCUACGUCCUCUCCCACUCCGCCUCCUCCCGCCACGUCACCGCCCGCCGCCCGGACCUGCUGCGCGCGUGGCUGCGCCAGUUGGCGGCCGCCCAAGGCAUGUGUCCACACAUGCGGCGCACAACCACCCACGUGGCAAUAGAGCCGGACGAUUGGAGCUUCGCGUACCUGUUAGAAGCACAGCUGGCGACGGUCAACCCGCUGCUCGCCGAAGCUAGCGCCGUGCCUGAGCUGGAGGCUCGGAAGGAGGGUCGGCAGGUGGAGGGAGGGUCGGCAGGGGAGAAAGGGGGAGGAGAGAAGGUAGGGGAGAAGGCGGCUGAAGGGGGAGGGUUUCCGGGGCACGCACACAUACCUGCCGCCCCGAGCCUGCGAGGUUCGGCAGGUGGCGGCGAGGUUCGGCGUGCCUCCGGCGCUGGUGCGGCUGCUGCACGAGUGUGCGUGGGUGCUGGCACGGUGGGUGGCAGUGGAGGGAUUGAGAUCUCUGGGGACGAACUGAAGAGCCUUGCUUCCGAGGCAGCUGCUGCUGCUGCUGCAGAGAGGGCGGGUGGAGGAGGAGGGGCUGUGGGUGGUCGAAGCAGCAUAGCAGGUGACGCUGGGGAAGCAGGAGCAGUAGGAGGAGGAGGAAGAGGAGCAGGAGGCGGAGGGGGAGGGGCAGCAGGAGGCAGCGGCGCCAGUCCAGUGGGGCGAGCAGGGAGGUUCCUAUCAGGCAUGGCCGCAGCAGCAGGGGCGGCAGCUGCUGCUGUGGGCGGCAGAACCACAAGAGCAGGCAGUCCGGGCGCUAGAGGGGGAAGUCCAGGGGGAUUGGGGCAAGAGAGAGUGGCGACAGCAGGAGCAGAGGCAGUGCCUGCGCUUGGGCUUGACGCGUUGGGGAGAGGGGGAGGGGAAGGAGGUGUGGGAGGAGCAGAAGCGGGAGGGGGUGCUGGGUUAGGAGCGGGUGCAGGGCUGGGUAGAGUGGGUUUGAGAGAGGUGGAAGGGAGUGCUGCUGCUGCGAUUGUUCCUGGUCCUGCUGCUGCUCCUGCUGCUGCUGCUGCUGCUGCUGGUGGUGGUGGUGGCACAGGAAGGGGAGGGGAGGAGCACGCAAGACAGGAGGGGGAGGACAUGACCCACACGCAGAGGGGCCACAUGGGGAUCUUAAGCAACUGGCUCAGAAGGGCGUCUAGGUUCAGGGCGACAGGGGGAGAAGGGGCACAGGGAACCCAGGGCAGGCAUGCAGGGGCAGGUGAAGCAGCAGGCGCAGAGGCAGCAUGGGCAGACGUAGGGGUAGGUGCAGAGGCAGGAGGGGCAGAAGGAGGGGAAGCAGCGGCAACAGCCAUGCAGACAGAUUCGUUGGCAGCAACAGAGGCAGCGACUCUCUCUACUGCGCACCCCCCCUCCGCCGCCCCCCCUCUCUCCGCUGCUGCUGCUGGUGCCCUCAGUGCACUGAGCAGCCCCUGCUGGUGGGUGGGGCGGCAGCAGCUGUCGCUUCUUGAGGGGCUGCUGCCGUUCCCUCCCCCCCGGGUUGAACCAGGGGACUUGGCAGGGGGGAACACGCCACAGGAGGGGGCUUGGGCAGAGGAAUUUGCUGCAAAAGGGGCAAGAGAAGGGCCAGGGGCAGUUUUGGGGGCAUGGGCAGUUUUAGGGGCGGGGGCAGUAGCAGGGGCGGGGGAACGCUGUAUUACCAUGGCUACGGAGGGGUGGGAGGCGAGUUCUAUGUCCAAGGGGGCUGUGCGUGGGGCUGUGCGUGGGGCUGUGCGUGGGGCUGAGAGUGUGCUGGAGUGGCCAGUGGUGGAGUACGAUGUGGCGCGGCAGGAGGUGUCGUUUCACCUGCCUCUGCACCGCAUGCUCGCACUGCUCCUGCACUCCCUGCUGCGCCUCUCCUGCCCCGUGCCCGACCCACCAGGCGAAGCACAUGGGGACUCAGAGCAGAGGGUUGGGAACGAAGGGAUGGUGGAGGGCUCACGGGAUGCGAGGGAGGAGAGAUGGAGGGAGAGAGAGGCGGCAGAGCUGUGCUUGCUGCGCCUGCUGCCCAGUAAGCUCCAGAGAGGAAGCUUCCUCGCAGCUGUGGCUGAGCACGGGCUGCGAGUGCAAGUGCUGUGCGCGCAGAUAUCAGCGGGCAUGUGGAGGAGGAACGGGCAAUCCAUGGUGGCUCUCUGCGACCUCUACCACUCCGUGCACUGGUCAGUCGUUUCUGCCGCCUCUCUCUGUGCUCCUCCUCUCUCUCUCUGUGCUCCUCCUCUCUCUGUGCUCCUCCUCUCUCUCUCUGUGCUCCUCUCUCUGUGCUCCUCCUCUCUCUCUCUGUGCUCCUCCUCUCUCUGUGCUCCUCCUCUCUCUCUGUGCUCCUCCUCUCUCUGUGCUCCUCCUCUCUCUGUGCUCCUCCUCUCUCUGUGCUCCUCCUCUCUCUCUGUGCUCCUCCUCGCUCUCUCUGCUCCCCUCACCCCUCGCUAUGUGCUUUUGCCACCUCUCUCUCUGCGACCUCUACCACUCUGUGCACUGGUCAGUCUAGUCAUUGGUUGGUGCGAGGACAGCCUCGAGUUGGACCUCUUCCUGUUGCAGUGCACUGCUGUCUCUGCUCCUCCUGACGCCUUUGUGCGCCAGGUUGUAGCGCGCUACAGCCUCACCAGCUACUUCUCUCUCACAGUUGGGACGGCCUCAGACAUCAUCACCUCCUCUUCCACCCUCUCUUCCUCUCUCCCCUCUUUCCUUCCCGACACCGCCCAACAACAGGUACGAGCCUGCAAUGAGGUGACUUUUGAGUCGACUCAAAAGUCACCGCCCAACUUCAGGCACGAGCCUGCAGUGGCGCAGGACUGCAUGGCGUUCCUCAUCCGCCUCAUCUCAGAGCGAUCCUUCUCCGGCCUCCCCCCCACUGUGGCGCUCCGGAGGGAGGUAGUCCAGCGCCUAGCCAUCGGAAACGCCACCCUCCCUCUCCACCCCUUCCCAUCCCCUCCUCCCUUUUUUUGUCCUGACACCCGCACACCUCCUGUUUCUCACCGCCUGCCUUCCACCCCCUGUCCCCCUUCCCGUCCCUCCUCUCCAUUCCCCACCGUACAGGUAGUGCAGCGCCUAGCCAUCGGCAACGCCACCCGCAGCAGCGUUGUCAAAUCUCUCCCCCCCCGCUUCGCCGAAAACCCCGCCAUCCCCGUUGUUCUCGCCGCUGUCGCGGAUUAUUCCCGGCCCUCGGGUAUGGAGCAGGGCCGGUACUUACUUAAAAGAGACUGUUACAGGGAGCUGGAUUUGUACUGCCUAAGAUGGGCGCCUAGGGAGUUGCAGCGAGCGGAAGAGAGGUAUGCGGAGGCGGUUAAGAGAUCGGCGGUUGUGGAGCAGACGCCGAGGUGGCGCGAUCCUGUCCGUCCGUUGAUGGGCCUGCGGGAGAUCGCCACGUCAGCAGGCGUGCAUGACGUGGUGUUGUCGGUGGUGCUGCACGCGUGGUGGGACGAGGAGGGGCGGGAGAUGAGCUACAGAGAAGCCAGAGGUAGCAACGGUGCCGGCAUUGGGAGUGGGAGUGGGAGUGGUGGUGGCGGUGGUGCUAGUGGGAGUGCAGGUAGUGGGAGUGGGAAUGGGAUUGGGUUGUCUCGUGCGCCUGAUAUUGUGCUGCAUGCCGCGCUGCAUCUGCUGGCAUUGGCUCUUGACACUUGCGUGGCGUGGCAGGAAGCCGAGGAGAAGAAGGGGCGGGAAGGACAGAGAGGGCAGGGAGGAGACGAGGAAGAGCAGGGAGAGAAGGUGGGGAGAGAGGGUGGUGAGGAGGAGGGGAUGCGGAUGGAUGUGGAUGGGCGUGUGGGAGGGGAUGCGAGCGGCGGUUGGAGUGAAGGAAGAGAAGCAAGAGGGGGAGGAGAAGGAAGGGAAGGAGAAGGAAGGGAAGGAGAAGCGGGUUCAGGCUCAGGCAUGGAAGUGGAAGGGGCGGACUGGAUGGCUGGUGAUGCACGUGGUCAUGUUGACCAUGCAGCUGUGCAGAAGAGACACUCCUGGCCACCGGCCCUCCUGUCCCGAGCAUGCCAGCCAUUCGAAGCCCGGUUACCAGACAACAGCAGCAGCAGCGGCAGCGGCAGUGGCAGCAGUAGCACGGCCGCGGGGCUGUUCGCCCUGCUGCCAGGAGCGACCCUCUCGACCCUCUCGUCCUCUCACUGGUUCCGCGCGUCCCAUGCUGCCCCGGUGUCCCUGCUUGCGCUCCUCGUGCGCCUCCUGCGGUGCUGGCAGCGCCAGGCAGGGACGACGCACGGCACGGCUGCUGCUGCUGGUAGUGAAGGGAUGGUGUUAGUGGCCGGGAAUGAGAGUAGGGGGAGGGAAGGCGAGGAGGGUAGAAGCACAGCAGUUGGGGAGAGGUCGGGCGGGGCAGGAAGGGGAGGGGGAGGGGAGGGGCGGGCGGAGCUGCAUGUUCUGGUGCUGCGGCUGCUUAAGCGUUUCUCUCAGCUAAGCGACGAAUGCAGGAGGUCUCUGGAGGUGCUUUGCCCGGAGGAGUUUGAUAAGGGGAAGGGGAAGGUGGCGGUUACAGGGGGCGGGGGAGGGACUGGGGAAGUGGGGGUGGAAGGGGCAGCAAGGGCAGGAGGAGCAGGUGUGGGAGGUGGGGACGGUGUGGGAAUAGGGGGCAGUGAGAUAAAGGUUGGAGAGAAUGGGAGGGGAAGUGAUGGUGGUGGUGCGGGUGGUGAGGAGAAGGGAGAGGGUGGGCCGUUGAGUGAAGCUGAUGCGAAGAAGGCGUUUGCUCGAGCAAGGCAGCAAGCGCUGCUGAAAUCUCGUCUUGUGGGUCUCUCCAACCGUUUCUCCCCCACCUGGCAACACGGUUCUCAUGCCCCUGCUGCCCCUGCUGCCCCGCCUACUGCCACCCACACUGCUGGUGUUGGUGUAACUGGUGCAGGGGGGACUGGGGCAGGUGCGACUGGGGCAGGGGCCACUGGAGGGCAGCAGCAGCAGGGUUUGGGGCAAGCGGUGAUUGUGCUGGGGGGAGCACGUACCGCUGCUGCAGCUGCUGCCCCUGGUGGGGGGACGGCAGCGGGAGCGGGGAUGGGGAUAGGGGCAGGGGCAGGGGCAGGGGGGGGGCCCAGGGGCGAGUGGCAGGUGGAUGGGGAGGAUCUGAUGGACAUUCUGCAGCAGGAACUACCGGGGGAGGUGCGAUUCACGACUACUAUAGUCACAGGGGAGGGGUGGCCGGGUGUGGAAGGGGGUGGGGAUGGGUUAGGAGUGGGGUUGGGGCCUGGUGGGGUGGGGGGAACGGGCAGGGGGGAGAGGGGAGUGGGAGAGAGGGGAGGAGGGGGUGUGGAAGGGGCGGUUGCAGGAGAGGGCGGGGGAGGGCAGGGGGACGAACGGGUGACUGAGGGGCGAGGAGGGGAAGGAGGGGAAAUAGGGGUGGGAGCGAGCGAGGAGGAGACAAGAGAAGAGGAUGAGGAUGAUGAGGAGGAAGAGGAGGAAGAGGGAGAGGAAGGGGGGGAGGAGGAGGGGGAGGAUGAGAUGAUGGAUGGGCAGGGGUUGCUGCUGCUGGGGGAGGAAGAGAUGGGAGAGGCGGGGGCAGAAAUGUUCUCAGAUACCGAUGAUGACGACACUGGUGAUGAUGAUGGUGAUGGUAGGAAUGGGGAUGAUGGGGAUGAUGCGCAGGAGGAGGGUGCUGGUGCUGGUGCUGGUGCUGGUGCUGGUGCUGGUGGGGAUGGCGAUGCGGAUGAGGUGAUGCAAGAUGCUGCGAGUCAGGGGCUGGAAGAGGAUGGGGAUGAGGGGCAGCAACGGGGGGGACCACGGGAGCAGCAAGAUGGGCAGACCCAAGGGGUGCCGGGGGCAGCACCAGCACCAGCACCAGCAGCAGCAGCAGCAGCAGCAGCAGCACCACAUGUGGAGCACGCAGGUGCAGCAGCAGCAAUGGCACCAGCGGCAGCAUCGGCAGCAGCGGCAGCAGCGGCAGCAGGGGCAGCAGGGGCAGCUGCAGUGGAGCAGGCAGGUGCAGGUGGCAUGGGCACUCAUGGCAUAACCACAGUGCCGCCUGUUGCUGCAGUGCCGCCCGUUGCUGCAGUAGUGGGAGCAGGCACUGCCAUUCCUGAAACCACAGCAGGGGCCACCGAACCGACAGGGAGAGCCGGAGCCACUUACUUCUCAAGUCUCUACCAGAGGUAUCUGAGUGGUUCUUUCUACGAGGGCUCAUCAGUGGUGGACCCGGAAGCGGGCGAGUUCCUGUGUCCCGUGUGCCGCCGUCUCGCCAACGCCACGCUUCCUCUGCUCCCAUCACGCUCCCCGCCUCUGCCCUCCCCACUGCUCCCCUCGCUUCCCCUCCCAAUUUCUCUGCCCUCUCCUCCCUUCCCUGGAGCUCCCUUCUCCACCCCCCUUGCUGCGUCUGCUGAGACACAAGGACGGGCACAAGAAGCAGUGCAGAUUGGAGCAGCAACAGCAGGAGAAGCAGCAGUGCCGAGAGUAGCAGCAGGAGAGACCGGAAUGCAUGGUUCAGAAGACACGUCAAGUGGUGCGUCUGGUUUGGCUGGUGUAGUGUGGAGAAUAAGGGAGGCGGAGAGCAGGGUGAGAGAACGUAAUCUCCGAGCCUGCAUCGUUGCCGAACCUGCUGUCAGGUCCGGGGAAGGCAGGCUCGGCACCAGAGCUGCGUCAAGGAGAGAUUCAAGUGGUGGGACCACCAUGAGCAGCACUGAGGGCAUCAUUAGGGCUGGCUCCUCUUUCCCUAGAGAAACAGUUACCACGGUAACGGGUAAUGCGGUAACCGGUAGCGUGGUAAUUACCCCUCAAGACAUGGUAACCAGACAGCCUCCACGUAUGCAGGAGGCUAUAGAGGCCACAGCCAUGCGCAUCUGCCAGGUGGCGCGCUCCGAUUCGUCGAGAUUCCGCCACGUGGCGCUUGGCCGCGAGCUACAAGGCCUGCUGAUCUGGCAGAGUUUGGAGUACACCGUCGCCUGCGCUGAGCUGGCAGGGCGAGGGGCGCCACCUGGCUGUCCAGCUGGCAGAGUUGACACGUCAGCACAGUUCUGGGGGCUGGGGGAGACAGCAGCAGCAAGGAUGAGGACAGGUGGCGCAAUGUGGUUGGCUACUGCUGAGGCAAGAGUUGCGGCAUUGGCUGCUUGUGCAGAGGAGGAAGGGGGGAAGGGGGAGUGGAUGGAGGGGAGGGCAGAGGGAGGGGGGAGUGGAAGUGCAAGCAUUGGUGAGCGUGAGCAAGAGAGAGGUGGGUCAGGCAGUGCGAUGCAAGUAGGGAGUGCAGGAGGUAUGGAGGUAGGAGGGGAUACCAGCAGUAGUGGUCAAUCGAGGGGUGAAGGAGGGAACAGCAUAGGAAGAGAGGUGGGCGGUGGUGAGGAGAGGAGCAGGGAUGGUGAAGGGAGGAGUGGCGGUGGGGAGGAGAGAGGUAGCAGUGAGACGAUGGACGAGGAGAGGAGACAUCAGGAGUGGAGGAGGCAGCUUAUAGAGAGGAUGCAAGGGGGUUCGCAAGGGGGGGGAAGGAAGAGGAAGGCGGAGGGCACAGUAGGAGCACUGGCUCGCCUGGCAGUGGCGCAGGCGUCUCACAGCACACAUGCUGUCUUACUCAGGACACGUGGCAUGCUGCUAUUGGUGGACAGCUUGGCCCCUGGGACACCGUUGGAAGCAGCACAAUCCGCUGCACCUCUUGUUGCAGCACAAGCCGUCCCUUCAUCUUGUUCUCCCCACCCCUCCCAUCCCUCCCACCCCUCCCACCCCUCCCACCCCUCCCACCCCUCCCGUCCCUCCUCCUCCUCUGCUUCCACAUCCACCUCCCCACCUCCCUCUCUCCCCUCCUCCCUCACCACCGCCCCAUCCCCAUCCUCUCCCCCGGAGGAAAACGCCUUUCUCCGCCUCCUCGCCUCCCCCGCUCUCGCGCGUGACCCCUUCCUCUCCCUCUCCCGCCUCCUCUACUGCCUCCUGCCGCUGCCCCUUCCCCACUUCGCCUCGCCUUCCCACCCAUCUCAACACACAGCUUCAGGUUCGAUGCAGCACAGAGCAUACAGUGAGGAGGGUACAGGGGGUGUGGUGAGGGACGCGGUGCAGCUGGCGUACACAGCAGCAGUGGCUCAGGCGCUGCUGCUCCUCGCCCCUGCUGCCAUCCGCCUGGGCAUGCUCCCCUCUCCUCUUCCUCUUGGCAGUGUCCUUAAUCAGGCAUCCUCAGGGCCUAAUAGCAUUCCUGAGCCCGCCCCUGCUCUGCCGCCGUUCCUCUCGUCUCUGAUCGCUUCCAUGCUGCACACGUUAGCUGCUGGUUCCCCGCCGUCUACCCCAGCGACAGAUGCUGCUGGUGCUGCUGCUACACCUGCAACCGUCACACCAUCAGCAGCAGCAGCAGAAAUACCACCAAUCCCCUUGCUCGCCACAUCUCCCUCCCACUCUGCCUCUACCCCCUCCUCCCCCUCUGCACCUCUCCUGCCGGACCUCCUCCUCCAGCAGACCUCGUUCCUGGAUGCCGUGCGUCGCCUCUCCCUGCCCUUCCUGCGCCGCUCCGCCCUCCUCCUGCACCUCCUCUCCCGCAACGUCCUCCCUCUGCUGCUCAUGCCCUCCGCUCCCUCCUUGCUCUUCCCCUCCCAACCGUCAACCAUCCCCUCCCACCCCUCAAUGUUCCCCCCCCCCCUCCUCCUCCCUUGCUGUGUGUCGUGUGCAUUGUGCCACCUGCUGCCUUUUGUGGUGCCUCCAAACUUCCAUUCACCUUCUCCACCCUCCUCUCCUCCCCCUUACAGCUAUGUGAAUGAACCGUGUGCAUCGUGCCAGCUAGUGCCGGAGCAGCCAGCCUUCUGCCUUCUCUGCGCAGCACUCCUCUGUGGAUCCACCAGUCGAGGAGUGGGAGCACCAAGAGGGGCUGCUGUGGGGGGAGCUAUGCACAUGCCAAGGAGUGCGGGGCUGGCCUGGGGGUGUUCCUCCUCGUGCGGCUACGCACAUGCCAAGGAGUGCGGGGCUGGCCUGGGGGUGUUCCUCCUCGUGCGGGUAUGUGUGAGCGUGCAUAUGGCCAUGUGCAUGCACAUUGUGCACACUCUUCCCCUGGAGAAGUUACACACAUGCCAAGGAGUGCAGGACUGGCCUGGGGGUUUUCCUCCUCGUGCGGGUAUGUGUGGCAGUGCGAGCAAGGCCAAGGCCAUGUACACGUGCAGUGAGCAAUUUCUCUCUGUCAUCAUCAUGGCAUGUACACGUGCACGCACUUCUGUGAUGCUGCUGCGCCGAAUGCGCUAUGCCGCAUGGCCUUCACCCUAUCUUGACGCAUAUGGUGAAGAGGAUGAGAACCUUCGGCGUGGGAAGCCACUGUAUCUCAGCACCGACCGCUUCCACACCCUCCAAUCCAUGGUGGCAUGUCAUGGGGUGGAUCAUAAUUCCCUCGUUCUCUCUCACUCCACGAGAGUACCCUUCUAG